AUGGGCACGCACCGUUACGAGAAGACGUUGUAUAGGUACGAGAAGCUUGAGGAAUACCUAUCAUACCUGCCUCGAAUUCCUUCUGUUCACAUCGCAGCCAUCGUAGCCAUCGCAACCAUCGAUGCCACAGAUCCACAAACGUUCUAG